ACGUCAAAAUUCACGGCGGUCUGUGACGUUUCAUUCAAAGAGUUGUUCCUGUGCGAGUAAAAAGAGUUUUUGAGUGUCACAAGUGCAAAAACUAUGAAUAUUACAUCAGCAGCGGGGAUUAUCUCCCUACUUGAGGAGCCCCGACCGGAGUUGAAAGUCUUCGCUUUGAGAAAGCUCGACAGCAUUGUGGAUGAAUUCUGGCCGGAAAUAUCCGAAGCAAUUGAGAAAAUUGAGAUUCUCCACGAAGACAAAAUUUUCCAACAACACCAUCUGGCCGCUCUCGUCGCUAGCAAAGUCUACUACCACUUGGGGUCCUUUGAAGACUCCCUAACUUAUGCUUUGGGGGCUGGCGAUUUGUUUGACGUCAACGCUCGAACUGAAUACGUGGAGACGAUCCUAGCUAAAUGUAUCGAUUAUUAUACUCAACACCGCAUCGCGUUGGCUGAUGGAACCCCCGACGCUAAACCCAUUGAUCCUCGCCUUGAGGCCAUCGUCAAUCGCAUGUUUCAGCGCUGUCUGGACGAUGGCCAGUACCGACAAGCUAUGGGUUUGGCCUUGGAAACGCGUCGCAUGGACAUUUUCGAGUCCUCAAUCACCCAGUCUGAUGACAUCAGUAAUAUGCUGAUCUACGCAUUCCAAGUGGCGAUGAGCCUCAUCCAAAACCGCGGCUUUCGCAACACAGUCCUCCGCUCCCUCGUCGGUCUCUACCGCGGCCUCUCCGUCCCCGACUACGUCAACAUGUGUCAAUGCUUGAUCUUCCUCGAGGACCCGCUCUCCGUGGCCGAAAUCCUCGACAAACUCGUGCAAGGCGAAGAAGAAAACCGGCUAAUGGCCUACCAAAUCGCGUUCGAUUUGUACGAAUCGGCCACUCAGCAGUUCUUGGAGCGCGUGAUGGUGGCGCUGAGGGCGACAGCCCCCAUUCCGUCCCUGCUCGAGGACAAACUGAAGCCGAAAACCGUGGAAAGUUCGACGGAAGCCACGGAAAGCGCCGAACCCAAACCCGAGGUCAAGGAGGAGCGCACUCUGGAGAACUUGAGCGAGAAGGAGAAGGAGCACCAGGAGUGUCUGGAGAAGCUGCACACGAUUUUGUCGGGGGAGAUCUCGAUUGAGCUGCACCUGCAGUUUUUGAUCCGGUCGAAUCACGCCGAUUUGCUGAUUUUGAAACAGACGAAGGAGACCGUGAGGGUCAGUAUAUGUCACACGGCGACGGUUAUUGCGAACGCGUUUAUGCAUAGCGGGACCACGAGCGACCAGUUUUUGAGAGACAACCUGGAGUGGUUAGCGCGUGCUACUAACUGGGCUAAACUCACCGCCACCGCCUCCCUAGGAGUAAUCCACCGGGGGCAUGAGCAGGAAGCUUUGACUCUGAUGCAAAGCUACCUGCCCAAGGAAGUGGCACCCAGUUCCGGGUACUCGGAAGGGGGCGGUUUGUACGCUUUGGGGCUCAUCCACGCCAAUCACGGGGCCAACAUAAUCGACUACCUCCUCACCCAACUUAAAGACGCCCAAAACGAGAUGGUACGUCAUGGGGGUUGUUUGGGUCUGGGUUUGGCGGCCAUGGGUACCCACAGACAAGACGUCUAUGAACAACUGAAGUUCAAUUUGUACCAAGACGACGCCAACACGGGCGAGGCCGCUGGUAUCGCGAUGGGUAUGGUCAUGUUGGGGUCGAAAAACCCGUCAGCUAUUGAAGACAUGGUGGCGUACGCCCAGGAGAGUCAGCAUGAGAAGAUCCUCAGAGGAUUGGCGGUCGGCAUAGCUUUCACCAUGUACGGUCGGCUCGAGGAAGCCGAUCCUUUGAUCGAACAACUCACCUCCGACAAGGAUCCCAUCUUAAGAAGGUCGGGCAUGUACACGCUAGCUAUGGCUUACUGCGGAACGGGGCACAAUCAGGCCAUCAGGAAGCUCCUACAUGUUGCAGUGUCCGACGUGAACGACGACGUCCGACGCGCCGCCGUCACCGCCCUCGGAUUCCUUCUGUUCAGGACCCCGGAGCAGUGCCCGAGUGUGGUGUCUCUUCUGGCGGAGAGCUACAACCCCCAUGUUCGUUACGGAGCGGCGAUGGCGCUAGGGAUAGCCUGUGCGGGGACGGGGCUUCGUGAAGCCAUCGCCCUGUUGGAACCCAUGGUGAUGUUCGACCCCGUCAAUUUCGUGCGUCAGGGGGCUCUCAUCGCUUCCGCGAUGAUUUUGAUUCAACAGACGGAGCAGACGUGCCCUAAAGUCACUUUCUUCAGACAGACGUAUUCACAAGUCAUCUCCAACAAACACGAAGAUGUGAUGGCCAAGUUUGGGGCUAUCUUGGCACAAGGGAUUAUUGACGCGGGUGGACGCAACGUUACUUUGUCGCUGCAGUCCAGAACCGGACACAUGAACAUGUUGGCCGUCGUGGGUGCGCUGGUUUUCACCCAGUAUUGGUACUGGUUCCCGUUGUCGCACUGCUUGGCUUUAGCGUUCACCCCGACUUGCCUCAUAGGUUUGAACGGGCAACUAAAGAUGCCUAAGUUGGAAUUGAAAUCUAACGCGAAACCGAGUCUGUACGCCUAUCCGCCGCCUCUAGAGGAGAAAAAGCGCGAAGAACGCGAAAAAGUCACGACGGCAGUAUUAAGUAUAGCGGCCAGACAGCGGCGACGGGACCACGACCGCAAGCACCGCGACGAAAAGAUGGAAGUAGAUGAAGACAAAGACGAAAAGAAAGGGGCGGAAGAGAAGAAGAGCGAAGAGGACAAGAAAAAGCCCGAAGAGAAGAAAACCGGGGACAAGAAAGACGAGAAAGAAGAGAAGAAGAAGGAACCAGAACCCACCUUCGAAAUUCUUAAUAACCCGGCUAGGGUGAUGCGGCAACAACUCAAAGUCAUCGCGUUGAACGACAACAGUCAGUACGUUCCUUUGAAGGACGCAUCCAUCGGAGGGAUAGUCAUGGUACGGAAUUUGAAGCCCGGGGAAGAGGAAAUCGUGGAGAACGUCGCAGCUUUCGGGCCAAAAGGGGACGACGAGAAGGAACCUGAGCCCCCAGAGCCAUUCGAGUGGCUCGAAGACUAAUUAUCGUAUCUCUAUUCUGAUUGUAAUAGUUUAAAUAUGUGUAUCGUAAUGUUAAUAAAUUAAAUUGAAUGUG